UUUACACCAACGUGCGGGUUCAGCUGUUUCCGCUUGCGGAGAACUUCGGACUGCAAGUGUUAUUUAAACAGUUGUAGUUGUUAUAUGUGCUUUAGUUUUGCGUGAUUUAAUUAGCCUAAUGCUAACUCAUUAUUUUGAACUUAAAAGGACUGUGCUGUUAACAGGGGGAAAAUAACAAUUUGUAAUGAAGCUGUAGAUUUCUUGUCACCAUGGAUAAGAGGCAGAGGGCAAGAGUCCAAGGUUCCUGGGCAGGUCCCAUCAAGAAAACAGAACUUCGUUCAGUUUCCCAUGACAAUGAUUUAAAGAACCAGUCUAUGGGGCAUCAUUUGGCACCAGGAGUAGUAGCGCCAGGAACUGUACUAGGAUGGGCUCCACCAGAUCAUUCAUUAGCUGAAAGGCAAUUUGUGUUUGAAAAACCAACAGAGGUUAAACGUAAGAUUCCAGAACCAAGACUGAUAGAGUAAGUACAAUUGUAAAAUGGUUCA